UUUCCUUAGGGCUUCGGGUGCUAGUCAGAGCUGAGACUACCCGCUCUCAGCUACUUCACAAAGAGCCAGUGCCAUGGGUGUUUGGAAGAAACUAACCUUCUUGCUGCUGUCGCUGCUUCUUCUGGUUGGCCUGGGGCAGCCCCUGUGGCCAGCAGCUACGGCUCUGGCCCUGCGUUGGUUCCUGGGAGACCCCACGUGCUUUGUGCUGCUUGGCUUGGCAUUGCUGGGCAGACCCUGGAUCAGCUCCUGGAUACCCCACUGGCUGAGCCUGGCAGCAGCAGCUCUCACAUUAUCCCUAUUGCCUCCACGGCCACCCCCAGAACUUCGCUGGCUGCACAAAGAUGUGGCCUUCGCCUUCAAGUUGCUUUUCUAUGGCCUGAACCUCAGGCGACGCCUUAACAGACAUCCUCCAGAACUCUUUGUGGAUGCUUUAGAGCAGCAAGCACAGGCACGGCCUGACCGGGUGGCCUUGGUGUGUACUGGGUCUGAGGGCAGCUCAAUCACAAAUAGGGAGCUGAAUGCCAAGGCCUGUCAAGCAGCAUGGGCCCUGAAAGCAAAGCUGAAGGAAGCCACAAUCCAGGAGGACAAAGGCGCUACUGCUAUUUUAGUACUCCCAUCCAAGACCAUUUCUGCUCUGAGUGUGUUUCUGGGCUUGGCCAAGUUGGGCUGCCCUGUGGCCUGGAUCAAUCCACACAGCCGAGGAAUGCCCUUGCUACACUCUGUGCGGAGCUCUGGGGCCAGUGUGCUGAUUGUGGAUCCAGACCUCCAGGAGAACCUGGAAGAAGUCCUUCCCAAGCUGCUAGCUGAGAACAUUCGAUGCUUCUACCUUGGCCACAGCUCACCCACUCCGGGCGUAGAGGCUCUAGGAGCUGCCCUGGACGCUGCGCCUUCUGACCCAGUGCCUGCCAAGCUUCGUGCUAAUAUAAAGUGGAAAUCCCCAGCCAUAUUCAUCUAUACUUCAGGGACCACUGGACUUCCAAAGCCAGCCAUCCUAUCACAUGAGCGGGUCAUACAUAUGAGUAACGUGCUGUCCUUCUGUGGGAGAACAGCUGAUGAUGUGGUCUACAAUGUUCUACCUCUGUACCAUUCGAUGGGGCUUGUCCUUGGAGUCCUCGGCUGCUUACAACUUGGAGCCACCUGUGUCCUGGCCCCCAAGUUCUCUGCUUCCCGAUACUGGGCUGAGUGCCGGCAGCACGGUGUGACAGUGAUCCUGUAUGUGGGUGAAGUCCUGCGAUACUUGUGUAAUGUCCCAGGGCAACCAGAAGACAAGAAACAUACAGUGCGGUUCGCAUUGGGCAAUGGACUUCGGGCAGACGUGUGGGAAAACUUCCAGCAACGAUUUGGUCCCAUUCGGAUCUGGGAACUCUACGGCUCCACAGAGGGCAACGUGGGCUUAAUGAACUAUGUGGGGCACUGCGGGGCUGUGGGCAAGACCAGCUGCUUCAUUCGAAUGCUGACUCCCCUUGAGCUCGUACAGUUUGACAUAGAGACGGCAGAGCCUGUGAGGGACAAACAGGGUUUUUGCAUCCCUGUGGAGACAGGAAAGCCAGGACUUCUUUUGACCAAGAUUCGAAAGAACCAACCUUUCCUGGGCUACCGUGGUUCCCAGGAUGAAACCAAGCGGAAACUGGUUGCGAACGUACGGCAAGUAGGAGACCUCUACUACAACACAGGGGAUGUGCUGGCCUUGGAUCACGAAGGCUUCUUCUACUUCCGAGACCGCCUUGGUGACACCUUCCGGUGGAAGGGUGAAAAUGUAUCCACUCGAGAGGUGGAGGGUGUGUUGUCUAUCCUAGACUUCCUAGAGGAAGUCAAUGUCUAUGGUGUGACUGUGCCAGGGUGUGAGGGUAAGGUUGGCAUGGCUGCUGUGAAACUGGCUCCUGGGAAGACUUUUGAUGGGCAGAAGCUAUACCAGCACGUCCGCUCCUGGCUCCCUGCCUAUGCCACACCUCAUUUCAUCCGUAUCCAGGACUCCCUGGAGAUCACAAACACCUACAAGCUAGUGAAGUCACAACUGGCACGUGAGGGUUUUGAUGUGGGGGUCAUUGCUGACCCCCUCUACAUACUGGACAACAAGGCCCAAACUUUCCGGAGUCUGAUGCCAGAUGUGUACCAGGCUGUGUGUGAAGGAACCUGGAAGCUCUGAUCACCUAGCCAACUGGAAGGCUAUCCAAAAGUGUGGAAAUCGACACUAGUCAGCUUCACAAAGUGGUCAGGGUUCCAGAUGGCCAUGGCCCAGUAGUACUUAGAGAAUAAACCUGAAUGUGUAUAUAGAA